AUGGCUGGAUUCCAGAAAUGGGCCGAUGUGGCAACGAUGAAAGGUGAAUUAAACUACCAGCCACCGCCGCCAGCAUUGUCAUCGCCGUCCCCGAAGAUCCUCCCAACUCUGGAAACAAAAAGCGACGACACAGUCACGCUGCCUUUGGGUGCACUUCAAGGACUCACAAUCGUUUCCUCCGUUUCACUGGUAUCGUUUUUCGCAUGCGUGGGAUUGUUGAUAUACCUCAGCUGGAAAUUAAUAUCUUGGAACCUCCGCCCUUUCCCACCAAAUACACCGAACCAACAAUACCCGCCCAUCCCGGAGCACCGUUCGCAAACCACGCUCGAGUAUGGAGGGAGAAAUUUACCGGCGGAACAUCUGUGUCCCCAGAUGGACCGCUACGACGAUGAAGCCGGGGACGCCGUCGAGAGAUCCCCAAAGGGUGUCAGGCUUUUCAUCGAGCGCUUGAGGAGGGAGCCUCCGAAUCAGUUCCUCAUCCUCAUCUACAACCUUUUGCUGGCUGAUAUCCAGCAGUCUUUGGCUUUCAUACUAAGCAUCCACUGGGUCACCCAGGGGACCGUCGACGGACAGGGCAGUAUAUGUUGGGCGCAGGGCUGGUUUCUCACCAUUGGUGAUCUGGGAUCCAGCCUGAUGAUAACUGUCAUCGCGCUUCAUACUUACCUCGGCGUCGUCAAGAACUACCGACCGACCACCUGGGUAUUCUACAGCGUCCUUGUUGGUUUGUGGCUGUUCAAUUACGCAUUCGCUAUGGCGGGGUUUUUCAUGACGUGGCGAACCGACACGCCGCUAUUUGCACCGGUGGGGGCUUGGUGUGGUCUCAACCCUGACCGCCCAGCUAUCCGAUUAUAUCUCCACUAUCUUUGGACUUCUCUCUCCAUCUUAGUGAUCACGGUCGUAUACAUCUAUAUAUACAUAUACCUCCGACGAAGCAAAGUCCGGAGUAGCAAUGGUCACCAUUACCCAUACGGGCCCUAUCAUAGGAUGCAACCACGACCCAAGACACCCUCCCCCGCCAAACAGAGAUCCAGAAACAUCCCAGCCAUCCUGUCGAAUCCAUCCAUCAUCCACCCUCCAUCCCAAAACACCCCGGACGACGACGGCACCACAGUCGCCACCAACCCGACAACAAACGUCUUGAAAGCCCCCGCCGCCGCCGCCGCCGCCGGAUCAAACAGCCGUCACCCAGCCUUUCUGCUGUAUGCUCUCAUUUAUAUACUCUGCACGGCGCCGCUAUCCAUCUGCCGCGUGGCGGGGCGAGCGAGCGCCGACGUGCCACUCGGCUACCUGUGCUUCGCCGGCGUGAUGCUCGGGUCGGCGGGGUUCCUGGACACUCUGCUGUACGCGACCACGCGGCGGUCCAUAAUUUUUUCCGGCGAGAAGCCGCCGACGCAGGACACUGGCAUCAACACGUUUGCGUUUGUGCGGACGCCGCCGGGGAGGAAGUUUGGCAACGUCGUGUUUGUGCGAGGGGGAGAGGCGGACGAGGAGAUGGGGCUUGGAGGUGCAGAUGGUAAUGGUGUCGGUAACGGUAGCAGUAAUAAUAACAGCAACAGCAGCAGCAGCAAUGAUACCUUGCAAGGCCAAAGGCGGGUCGAGGUCAGCGAGACGAAGCAAAAGGCUACCUCUGGUGGGGUCAGCGGGAUUUUGCACAUGAUGAGCCCUGACAGGAGGGAACAGAGGAGGAAGAAGAAGGAUAAUCACCACCUCAGGGUCUCGGGGAUGGAAACUACUGGGUUGAGGAUACAAUGCGAGACGGUCAUGAGCGUCUCGGUCGAGAUGGACCCAGACAUGAUGAACAGGUCACAGGCGAGCUUGACGAGCGAGUUUUCAGCGGCCGACACGGCAUGCGGGCAGGCGAGAACGCCACACCCGUGA